AUGGUACUGGGACUCAAGAUAGGCAAGGCCGAGAAAGGAGGGAACGAACGCAGAUGGUCAUUUUGGUGCGGUGAGAAGAAAGGAAAUAUUGACUUCUCUGGACUCGGAGGCGAUGCGGAAGUCAAGUCGUGCGCAGAUGCAAGUCCAAGACCCGCGCCAACUGUGCGUGUGAAGCGGGUAGACCAUGUCUUCAACCAGAAGAGUGGCGUGUGGGCAUACAAGGACACAAAGAUCAAGUCUACGCCGCAAGUCUUGCCCGGUGGCAAGACAUCGGAAGGCACCGACAUCUGGCAGUCUUUCUGUUUCGUCGUAGUGCGCAAGUUCCUCAGGCACUCUGAGCCGAGAGACGAGCCGAAGGUAUUCGUGACGAUCAAGAGUCCGUACUUACAAUCAGCGUGCAACAGCGUCAUAGGGGAGGUCCCUGGGCUUUCCUGGACGAUCGAACCCGUCGAGCUCCCGAUCAAUAUUUUGAUUCGGUCUUUCCCGCAGCUCACGGAGUAUCGUCAGAAGCUGCAGUACAGCGUGAAUCGCUCCAUCGACGAUGACGAUGUGCUCGCUAGCCUCGAUGCUCUCCUGAAGUAUCUGCGCGAAGACCACGGAGCCACAAUCAGCCGUAUCGCUGCGCUCGUAGCGCAGAAAGAGAUAACAUUCGAUCUCCUCUAUGCCAUCCUGAUCCCCGACACGUUGUUGGUCUGCGCAGACGACGCGACGGAGGAGCCUAUCGCGGUGCAGCUCAAGGGCUACGAUGACGACUACACACUGCACUGCGAAGGCAUUGACGCUGCUAAGUCUGGGAUCGAGUUCGGCAGAGUCUACGCUAGUUGGCACAUUCGGCAUUUCAACGGAGUCGUGAAGAUCAAUACACUACCUAUCUAUCCCAUGAAAUAUCACAGCGAUGAGGCAGGCCUGAGGGGGAAGCUCCUCGCUCGCGCGCGCAAAUGGGUCAAGCUCAAUGGCGUGCACCAUGUGCAAUACCAAGGCACCGCCGUCCGCCAGUCCAACGUAUACGAGAUCGACUCUAGGAUUAUGAUCGAUAGAGGUGCCUUCGUGCGCCACAACACAGAUUACACGAUGCCCAAAGUCAAAGGCCCGAAGGAGUCUUCGGUCGAUCCAGAAGGAUCCGAGAUCGCUCAUUCAGAAGUCGACACCAAGGUCGACGUGCCCUGCGAUAAGGCGAUCACUGAUCCGCAGGACCAGAUACUGGCAGACGACGAACUCAUCCUUGCUUCACCUGUCCUGUACGGGUUCAGCCUUUCUGAUAAACUAUGGCUCAAGUUCAACGUCGAGAACGUCCACCCCAUCGAAUGGUCCGAUGAGCCGUUCACGAACCUCGUCCUCCCGGGCAACCGGAGGGACCUUCUGCGAUCGCUCGUCGAGGCACAUAACUCCAACCUCAAUUUCGAUGACUUCGUCAAGGGGAAAGGUCAAGGUCUCGUCAUCAGCCUUUUUGGCCCUCCCGGAGUCGGGAAGACGAUGUCCGCGGAGGCCACCAGCGAGCAUCUUAGGAGGCCGUUGUACACGAUUGGGGGCGGGGACCUUGGAGACAAAGCGAACGUUGUCGAUGACAGCUUGAAGGAUGUGUUCAGCUUGGCUGCGCACUGGAGGGCGAUUGUCCUGAUAGACGAGGCCGAUGUGUUCUUGGAGCAGCGCUCGGUCAACUACCUCUCACGCAACGCCAUGGUUGCAGUCUUUUUGCGGCACAUCGAGUAUUAUCGCGGCAUCCUGUUCCUCACUACGAACAGGGUCAAGGUCUUCGACCCAGCAUUCCUCUCCCGUAUCCACGUCGCUCUGCGGUUCCAAGAGUUGAGCAAGGAAGCCAAGCUGGAGAUAUGGCAGGCCUUCCUCCGGAAAGUCGACGCAGUGGGCAACCUCACAGCGGAUGAGCUAGACAGUCUCGUCGGUCGGGACGUCAACGGACGUCAGAUCAAGAACGCCACCAAGACAGCGAUGUCGCUCGCUAAGAGCCGCGGAGAGAAGCUUGGGUAUCGCCAUCUUUCGGAGACCAUUGAUACGAUGGAGGAGUUUGACAUCGAGUUCAGGGCUGUGUCCCAGAGUGAGGACUUGUAG